CUGAAUCAUUUUUUCUAAACUUUUCUUCACGGCUCCUUCCCUCUGUCCUUUCUGAGUCUACCUUCCAUCCCAGUUGGGUGUUGUGUCUCUUCUUUACUUGUUUUAUCAUCAAACAUCUGUUCACCAUGAUCAUCUACAAGGAUAUUUUUAAUGAUGACGAGAUGUUCUCUGACAGCUACCCUAUCAAGCUCGUCGAUGGAGUCCUUUACGAAGUCACUGGAAAGUACGUGAAUAGGAAAGCAGGAGAAAUCGUCCUUGCUGGUGCCAACCCAUCUGCUGAAGAAGCUGAUGAAGGAAGUGAGGAAGCUAGUGAAUCUGGCUGUGACAUUGUCUUGGCACAUCAGUUGGUUGAAUGCUUUGCCUUUGGUGACAAGAAAGGUUACACUCAAUACCUAAAAGAUUACAUGAAGAGGUUGGUCGCCAAGUUGGAAGAGACCCAGCCAUCUGAAGUCGAGACCUUUAAAUCGAACAUGAGCAAAGUGAUGAAAGAUCUUCUUGGAAGGUUUAAGGAUCUCCAAUUCUUCACUGGAGCUCAAAUGGAUGUUGAUGGAAUGGUUGCACUAAUGGAGUACCGAGAUAUUAAUGGAGAAAGCAGACCUGUCAUGAUGUUCUUCAAACAUGGACUGAUUGCAGAGAAAUUCUAAAUUGUCUCAAACUUCCUUCAUUUUAACAUCAUAUACUGGGAAAAUACAUAUGCGAAGGGCUCACAUUCGACAA